AUGGCAGGCGUGCCCCAGAAGACACUCAACUGGCUUUACGAUGUAUUGAAACGUGAAUACCACGACCCGAAUCGAACGUACUCAGACCUUGCCCACGUCCUCGCUCGCAAUCCGAGCUUUGCUCCUCGGACAGAUGUUUACACAUUUGAGAAUGGAACGCCCGCGCUCCUCCUCCAGUUCAAGGGCACCAUCCCCGUCAACUUUAGAGGAAAUACGUAUCGGUUUCCUAUAGCGUUAUGGGUUCCGCAUGCCUACCCUUACGAGGCGCCCAUGUGCUAUGUCACUCCGACGGAAGAAAUGAUGAUUCGGCCUGGUCAACACGUCGGCGGAGAUGGGAGAAUAUAUCAUCCAUACCUGGCGCAUUGGAGGGAACAUUGGGAGAGGUCGAAUAUUCUCGAUUUGAUGUCUAUCUUGUCCGAUAUUUUUGCCAAAGAACCACCAGUUAUGUCCAGGUCACCACUUCAGCAACAGAGACCAGCACAGCCAAACCCUCCACCAGUGCCGCCUUUACCGAGGGAGAUACAACCACUGCCGGCUUCAAAUGUCCCAGGAUCAAGCCCUCGUCCGCUUGUGCAGCAAUCAGGCGCACCCGCUCCUCCACCUCCUCCGCCCAAACAACCUGCACACGCUGGCGUCCAAACUCCCGAUUCAAGAAGCCCAGGGGUUCCCGCGACUUCACGACCGGGGCGCUACGACGCUCCACCUCCUCUGCCACCUCACGCGCAGGGGCCUGACCAAAGGGCGCAACAACCACACGGAAGUGGCAACAUCCAACGACCUGCCAGUGGUUCGAAUUUCGUUCCUCAACGGUCCAGUAGCCUUCGACAGUCUAUGUCUCCUCAACCUCCCUAUCAGCAGCAGCAACAUCCACAAGCUGCGUACGAAUCCACGCCAUCUUCAUACCCGCCUCAGCCGCCUGUGCCGGGUCAACCGCAGCAAUAUCUGCCAGCGCAGCACCAUCCUCCACCUAGUCAAGGUUCAGGCCAAAUCCCCGAUCGCGUCAGACCACCGCCCACAGAUCAAUAUGGCCAGAUGCAAACACCAGCACCAUCACUUCCCCAUGGUCAACCUCCUGGGCCACCUUUCUCGCAACAGUAUCCAGUCCCACAUGCACAGUCGGUACCACACCAACCAUAUCAACAAUAUCAACCAGCUCCUCAAUCGGCUGUUCCGAAACAGGCAGCGACACCAAACCUUCUCGACUCGCCCUUUGAUAUCCCGCUGCCGGCACCCAAUCCCCAGUCGGCCCACAACAUUCCAGCCCCUCCUAUACCGGUCAAUCCAGAAAAGGAAGCUCUGUUGACGCAUCUGUCUCACUUAGUCACAACGUCCCUCCACCAACAGAUAUCCCAGAACAACUCGGCAUUGGCGCCGUUGGCUUCGCAGUAUGCUGCUAUGCAAUCAACUAUGAGCACUUUGAGCAGCGAAUUGAAUAACUUGAAGGCGUUGCAUGCGACAGUAUCUAGCAAUAUUUCCGUUCUUCAGGCCUCUCUGACCAAGGCCGAUCAAACGAUAUCGUCAGCGCACACCCGCGCAUCCAAGAACGACAUUCCGCACGUGGAUGAGAUGCUCACGGCCCCGAGCAUAGUCGCGCAGCAGCUAUACGAUGCUGCGUGCGAGGAACGGGGGAUUGAAGCAGCAAUCCUGGCUCUUCAAGAAGGCUUCGUGCGGGGACGCGUUGGGAGUGACAUCUGGGCAAAGAAGACCAGAGAACUGGCUCGGGAAGAGUUUAAGCGACGGUGGAUGGUGAAUAAGGUGGGCAGGGGAAUGGGACUGGACCUGGAAGCUGGUGCUUAUGGACGAUAA